CUCCUGCAGUCAGCUGAUCAAGUCCUGAGUCCUGCAGCUCGAAAUGACGGUCACACCGAUGUUAUUGUAAUUUAAUUGCGAUUUAAAAUAAAUUGACCCCAUUUCAAAACGUUUGGUUUUUCCAUUUUAACAAUAAAGCACAUCGUUUGAUUCAGUGUUUAACUAAACGAGUGAAUAUGUCUGGAAAAGAACGGAUCGACAUAUUUCCUUCUAGAAUGGCUCAGAGCAUUAUGAAAGCUCGUCUGAAAGGAGCUCAAACCGGCAGGAGUUUGCUGAAGAAGAAAGCUGAUGCUCUUUCUAUGCGAUUCCGACAAAUUCUUAGAAAAAUCAUUGAGACUAAGACAUUGAUGGGUGAGGUGAUGCGAGAAGCCGCCUUUUCAUUAGCUGAGGCCAAAUUUGCUGCUGGUGACUUUAGUACUACAGUCAUUCAGAAUGUAAACAAGGCUCAGGUGAAGGUCAGAGCAAAGAAGGACAAUGUUGCGGGUGUUACUUUACCUGUGUUUGAGCAUUACCAGGAGGGCGGAGACAGUUAUGAACUAACUGGUCUGGCCAGAGGUGGAGAGCAGCUGUCUCGGCUGAAGAGGAACUACGCUAAAGCUGUCGAGCUGCUGGUGGAGUUGGCCUCAUUGCAGACCUCCUUUGUGACGUUGGACGAAGCGAUCAAGAUCACAAAUCGCCGUGUAAACGCCAUUGAGCAUGUGAUUAUUCCCCGGAUCGAGCGUACACUAACGUACAUCAUUACAGAGCUGGACGAACGGGAGCGAGAGGAAUUCUACAGGCUUAAAAAGAUCCAGGAGAAGAAGAAGCAGCUCCGUGAGAGGACGGAGAAAGAGAUAGCGCAGCGCCUGGCUAAACUGGGCCCGAUCGCUGAGCCCACGAACAUGCUAAGCGAAGAGGCAGACGAGGACCUGCUGUUUGAAUGAGACCUCAAAACCACCAGGUGGCACUCCUCGUCGAGCAGUCCACCGAGAAACCACAUCGUAUUUAUUCCUUGUGCCUGUAUGGCGGAGCUUAACACGUCUUGGUAAAGAGCAAACUUGUUUUGUGUACAUGUUGGUCCCGUUUUACUUUGUUUGUUAAAGUGAAAAUAAUGUCACAAAAGCUAUAACAAAAAUGUUCUUGUUGAUUAUCUGAAUCCAGAGGCCCUAUUGCUGUUUAAUUGUUCAAGGGUUUUUUUGAUGGCUGAACAUAAGCAAAAACAUGUAAAGGCAUAAAUGAAUUUAAAUGAUCAUUCCAUGGAAUUAUGCACAUUUUAUCGAGUCGUAUUGCAUGCUUACAUUAAACCACUGCAACCUAUCUCUGCUAUCUACUGACAAUAUUCUGUGAUGAACAUCUCAUGUUUACUGUUGAUACACUUGUGCUCGUAUGAUCUGAAUCCUUACCUAAGAUCAGCCCAGACUUUUCCAUAUGGUUGAGAAAUUAUUUUUCCCUUUAGGUCCAGCAGCCGUGUGCUCUCACUUUCUGUGAAUUUAAUUUCAAUAAAUGUUGUAAAUGGUCA